CAACCCAAAAAACUUGCUUCAGAGGCAAAAGAAAUGGCGAAACGACAUGAAAUUGCUGCAAACGAUGCGACACACUCACACUCUGUGCUGCUGCUGUUGCUGCAGACAUGGAGCUUGUGCACAAUCUCAUCUCACACUGCAGUGAUGGCGUCGUAGGGUUGCUGAGUUGGCCGAUUUGCAUUACAACGGCAUUCGGGAGUGUUUGUUGAGGUUUGUUUCUCGAAGGGGGAAGAAGAGUUUGGUGGGUGUUUUUUGCGGUGAGGGUAUUGUUUGUUAUUAGCGUUGUGGAGGACGACGAGGGCGAGCGAGCGAGCGAGGUUCGAAGAGAAAUGGGUUUGGUUGCCGGGUUUGGCUACUUUCUAAUCGCCUUGGGCCCGGCUCUCACCAUAUUCGGUUCCUCAGUCGCUCCGAAGCCAUUCCUCAUCCUCACGGUGCUCGCCAGUGCUUUGGUGUGGCUGGCGAGUCUCAAUAUCGCCGCAAUCGUUUGGAGGGCAUUUCUUCCCGGUCCUUCAUGGGUGUUCCUGCUGAUCUUGACUACUUCCGUUGCUCUCCAAGAAGCUUUUAGGCUUCUAUACUGGCACUUGUACUUGAAAAUAGAAAAAUAUUUGAACGUAUUAGCAACAAAGCUUUCAAAGCCUCAAUGUAACUAUUUGGACAGACUCGAAAUUGCCCUUGCUAGUGGGGUUGGACAUGGUCUUGCUCAUGCCGUCUUCUUUGGCCUGAGCAUCAUUGCUCCUGCUUUUGGCCCAGCUACGUACUACACUUCUAGCUGCAAGCAGAUGCCUCUUUUUCUUGUAUCAGCCUUGUCUUCUUUAGCAUUUUUUCUCCUUCAUACUUUCUCGAUGGUCAUUGCCUUCAAUGCCUACACAUACGACAAUAUUUCUCAGAAACUAUUUGUGCCCAUCAUGCAUCUUGGUGCAGCACUUUUGACCCUCGUGAACCUGCUUCCGAAUGGUUGCACGGCCGGUGUUCCGCUGGUGUUUCUGUGCACAGCUUUGACCAUGGCAUACGGCGGGAAAAUCGUGUGGCAUAACUUAGGUCCUCACUCUUUGCAUCACGGUUAUUUACACAGUCCACAAUCAGGAUCAUCCCUAUGAUCAUAUAUAUAUAUAUAUGAUUGCAUUAAUUAUCGAUGUAAUUACUUGAGCUUAGUCUUCUCUCAGCGGUUUGAUUAGGGAUAAGGAAUGAUCUACUUUCAUGGUGAUAUCAAUGUAAACUUUUGUCCAUGUGUUGAUGGAUAGCGAAGCAUAACGAAGCUGAAUGUUUUCAAUCAA